AUGUCAUACAAUCAGCGCACGAGCAUCUUGCCCAAUAUGCAGCAAAAGAACCGCAACAAAAAGAAGGAGGACGAUGUUGACGCAUUCACGCUGCCCGACAUGGAAAUCGCAGGCUGCAUCAAAGAUAUCGGCAAGGGUUUCUCCGGCAUCGAGUUCAAUUUCACCGUGGGAGACCUCCAGAAGCCCAACCCGCAACAGAUCCAAAUGAUCUUCGAAUGGUUCGCUGAGCUCGUCAUGAACGCGACUCGAGAGACAGUCGACCCGGUGAUGCGCGCAGCAGCAGAGGACGUGUGCGGAGAGUACAUGGAGAUUAUCCCGGCCGAGACGCGAAACCUGAUGGGCUUCUACGCCAGCCUGCGCAAGCUGAUGAUUGAGUGUGGCAUCACGGAUUUCUCGUUCCAGGAUUUAUAUAAGCCGACACACGAUCGCUUGGUCAAGAUCUUCUCCUAUCUCAUCAAUUUUGUGCGCUUCAGAGAAAGUCAGACCCAUGUCUUUGUGGAGUAUUUCGACAAGGCGGAAAGAACGAAGAUGAGGAUCGAGAACCUCUACAUGGAGAACCAGGAUAUGGAGGCCCGUGUGGACGAGAUGAAGCGGAAUAAGAAGGCGGUGGAGGCGCAUGUGGCGGAGAAAGUCAGGCGGAAUGAAGAGUUGAAGAGGAGGCUUUUGGAGUUGCGACAGAGCCAGGAGAAGGUCACGCGGAGGUUCGAGAAUGCGAAGGCGAGUAAGAGUGAGAUGACGAGGAUUCUGGAGGAGAAGACCGCUGCGACUCUCGUGUUGAGACAAGAGAGUGCCAAACUGCGACCUUAUGUUCUCCAAUCCCCUGCGGCACUUCAGGCAUCCCUGACUGAUUUGGCAAAUGCUUUGAAUGCCGAGAAGAGCCAAAUCGACGCGAAGGACCGACGAGCACGAGCUCUACAGACAUCUACGGACACUUUCUCCGUCGUAAUCACGGAUGUGGCUUCAUGCAUAAAGCUGUUGGACGAGAUCUCAGCGGAGUUGUCCAAGGAAGAUGAAGAGAAUGUACGGAUAGCCAAACAGAGAGAUGCCCUAGGUGAACGAGGGAACAACGUCCGAGAAGUCGAGAGAACCGAAGGACUCUUGCAACGCCAAUUGUCGAAAUGGGUAGAGCGGACAGAGAAGCUGAGGGAGGGCAGUAAAGAGAAGGCGAUGAGUGCCAAGGAGAGGAUGGAGGAGCUGCGGGCAGUUCAUAGAAAGCUGACAGAUGAGCGUGCUGAGAAGGGUCGUGAGAUGGAGAGAAGGAAAGUAAGGAUUGAGCAGACGGAGAAGAAGAUGGCGGACUUGAAGGAGAACAUCGAGAACGAGAUUCACAGCUCCCACGACGAGUUUUUGAAGAUGGAGUCCCAUAUCAAGCUGUACAUCAAAGAGAUGGAGCAGGCACUUUGA